AUGUUGGAUUUCAUGAAAAAAUUUCGAGAAAACGAACUGGGAUUUAGUUGCGGUGGUUUUUUCGUUGCAUCGAAGGGAUGUCCGGUAAAGAAAGAUAUAUACGAGGAAAGAGAGAAUGAUAAAGAUUAUAAGACGUAGAAAUUUAUGGUUGCUUGAAAGAAUAGAAGAAGUAUAGCUAAUGUAGAGUACAUUGGUCGAGCAUCACUCAAACACGAUACAUACUUCUCACCAAUCCAGCCGACAAGCGAACGACUGCGCUUCCCUCCAGGCACCCUAUACCAUUGCACCCCUAGUCAAAUGGCUGACUAGCUGCAUCUCGAGUCUCUCCAGUGAAAAGUACUGAUGGCGAACAACACGCGAAUGGAUUAUUUGCUGGCAGAAUUAAAAAGAGAAACGACGAAACUAAGACAACAGGGUGAUUGCUUUCAACAGCAAAUGUGUCAGAUGUAUUCGAUUUUAAAAGACGUCAUCAAGAACCACGAAAGAAAGGGAGAACUUUUGGAGGACGAUCGCCAUCCUUUAACAGUAACAAAUCCUCUGUUAGAUACCAUCAACACUCUGACCUGCGAGUCGGACGAUUACUAUGAUCUGAUCGAUUGGAAAUCAGAUAAUACAUGUAACAAUUACGUGGCAUACGCUGGGUCGGUGGAUAGCGGAUACAAGAGCCACUGUCCGACACCCGAAUUAAACGAAAUUUGCUAUAAUUAUACGCCCUCCUACUCGUCACGAUCCAACAAACCGAAAAUCGUUAUGGGAACGAAAGUAAUUGGACGUCAUCAAACAGCCAACGAAAUAUCAAAUUCGAAGUCAAAGGAAGCGCAAGAAAAACGCCAAGGUCGAAGAUCCUCGUGUGAACACGAAAAUAAUCAUUUUUCUUCUCAGCUUUCUUACGCUAAAGAAAAACUUGCCCAGUCUAAUGAUGUUACUACAAAUUAUCUAAAUAGGGCAACCUACGAUAAACAGUUAUCUCGAUCUUCUAGGAUGGUGAGAUUUUCGGAAACCGUGAAGACCUUAUCGAGAUCAAAGCGUAACAGAAACACACCGAAAUCGAGAAAGUCAAAGUCCAUUUUGAAAGAUCCUGUUUGUAAUAAUCUAAAAAGUCGUUUGACACCCGCCAGUGGAUACACUUUAGAAGAAGAAAUUGAUAAUAUUUUACACGGGAAACUUGUUUACUAUGACCUGGAUAAAGUGGAAUUUCCUGAUGGUUUUUCUGCCGAUGAUGAUUGUCUGAUCGAACGGAAUGUAAAAGAUCUUCCAACAACUCCAAAGAACUCGACUCUUUCUCUAAACGUUACAAAGACUGGGCCCAUUAUAAACGUACCGAAAGAGAGAAAUAAAAUCAAUCAAACUGGAAAGAUGAUACCAAAAACGGAAAGGAAAUUAAUAAAUAAUAGCAAUUCAACCAAAGCAACCAAUGAUGAUAAGAGUGAUGAAUCGUCAACAAUUCCUAGGGUCAGUGACGGACAACUUCAUCACAUCUACGAAGAAAUUAUAUAUAAUACGGAGUCUAGAUCUUCAAAUAAAGAAGAACCUCCGCCUCUUCCUUCUCGACCCAGACUAUUAAAGAUGAAUUCUACAUCCUAUAAUAAGAAUAUGAAGGAUUAUCCAAAGCAGAGAAGCAACAUAUACAGGUUGAUAACUGAUAAAGUUGAAAGAAUGAACAUCUCACAAUCUUUGGAAACCGAAUGGAAAUACAACGCGGAAAGUCAAUCGUUCCAUUGAUAAAUGUA